AUGAGGGAGCAACAUGGCUGCGCCCUCCUAAAGUCUAAGAAAUUUCCGAAACGUCUUACAACACUGGAACAUGCCCUUUGUUGGGCGGCAUUCCUAGGGCAUAUGGGGGCCGAUGGUGGUGGUAGUGUGGUUGGAGGAGCUGGUGGAGUUUGCGGUGGUGGUGGUGUGGUUAGAGGGGCUUGUGGUAGUGUAAUUGGAGGAAGCACUGGUGGAGUCUGUGGUAGUGUUGUUGGAGGAGCUUGGGGUAGUGUAACUGGAGGAAGUAUUGGUGGAGUCUGUGGUACUGUAAUUGGAGGAAGCACUGGUGGAGUCUGUGGUAAUGUAAUUGGAGGAGCUUGGGGUAGCGUAAUUGGAGGAAGUGGAGGAACUUGGGGUAGCGUAAUUGGAGGAAGUGGGGGAACUUGGGGCAGCGUAAUUGGAGGAAGCACUGGUGGAGUUUGUGGUAAUGUAAUUGGAGGAGCUUGGGGUAGCGUAAUUGGAGGAAGUGGGGGAACUUGGGGCAGCGUAAUUGGAGGAAGCACUGGUGGAGUUUGUGGUAAUGUAAUUGGAGGAGCUUGGGGUGGCGUAAUUGGAGGAAGUGGAAGAACUUGGGGUAGUGUAAUUGGAGGAAAUGGGGGAACUUGGGGUAGCAUUAUUGGAGGAAGCACUGGUGGAGUCUGUGGUAGUGUGGUUGGAGGUGUUUGGGGCAGUGAAAUUGGAGAACGCACUGGUGGAAUCUGCGGUGGUGUGGUUGGAGGACGCACUGGUUUAACUUCCUCCGUAGUUGUUGGUGUAAUGUUUGGUGAAGGAGCUUGGGGUGGUGUGGUUGGAGGACGUACUGGUGGCGCUUGUGGUGGUGUAGUUGGAGCUGGAGGAGUUUGGGGUGGAGGAAACGGUGGUGUUAUUGUUGGAGUUAGGGGGGUUGGUGGUAGAUUGUUUGGUGGAGGCGGUGGUGCUGGUAUUGGUGGACAAAUAUUACAUACUGGACACUUUGGUGACGGUAGGGGUGAAGGGGGUGGAGGCCGUCUUGGCGGUGGAGGUGGAGGUCGGCGCGGUGGUGGGGGUGGAGGCCGGCGUGGAGGUGGAGGGCGAUGUGGACUGGGACGGCUCUGA